CUGAGACACCGUCGGACUUGGUUGCUGACUGACUGAGUUAUUUGCUUCUGCUCUGCUGCUUCUGCUGGGGCAGAGUGCAGAUGUCGGAGCUGCCUAAUAGGGCUGUGACUCUCAACUCUCAACUCUCUACUCUCUCUCCCCUCCGUUCUCGCCUCCAGUUCUCUCUCUUUCUCUCUCUCUCUCUCCCACCAUCUGGUGACUGACGCAACUUGACUAACCUCCCUCUCCACACAUGAUGCAGUGCUUGUUUCCGUAACUCCCCGUCCACUCCUCUACUACUGUUGUUGUAUCCACCCCUCUUGUGUCUCCCACAUCAUGGCCUCCCUCCCAGGUUAUUCGGCCUCUAGCCGACCACAGUCAUCUGAUAAUAAUACUACCUCCACUACCCAACAGAAUAGCGUAUCCACGAAUAUAACCAGCAGCGCUUCAUUGACAGAAUCGUUUGAAGCUAGCGAUACCGUCCUGCUCAACGGCACCUCGGAUACCGCCACCGCCCAUGGCUCCCCGACAAGUCCGACUCUCGCCGAUACCUCUGGUGAGGAACCACGCAGAUGUUGGAUUUGCUAUACAGAUGAGACAGAGGACUCUCCCCUUAAUUCACAAUGGCGCUCGCCAUGUCCAUGCGCCUUGACCGCCCAUGAAGCCUGCCUGCUUGACUGGUUGGCGGAUCUCGAGAAUCCCCGAUCGCGGAGGCGCAACGGCCAUGACGCAAAGAUGCUGUGUCCGCAAUGCAAGACCGAAAUCAUCGUUUCUCGUCCCCGAAGCUAUAUUGUGGAUAUAGUAAGACUGGUUGAGCGCCUCGCGGGUCGGAUGGUCCUCCCAGGAAUGGUUUUCACGUUAGGAGCAACCGUGUGGGCGGGGUGCUGUGCGCAUGGAGUAUAUUCGAUGUAUUUUGUCUUCGGGACAGACGAGGCUCGCCAGAUCUUGGAGGAAACAGCUGAUGGGGCAUGGAAUUCGGGGCUUAACCUGGGGUUGCCCCUCAUCCCGCUCGUGUUGAUCUUCUCGCGCACCCGGUACGCAGAUGGUCUCCUUCCUGCCAUCCCCGUGAUGUUCUUUGCCACACAUCAACCGGGACAGGAGCUGGAGUUGGAUCUUUGGCCGCCCAGUGCGGCAGUGACGUUCGCCGCUCUUCCAUAUCUCAAAAGCUUUUACGGCAGCGUUUACGAGAGAAUGUUUGGAAAGUUAGAGCGGAGAUGGAUUGCGGAAGUACAACCGCGCUCGGAUGUCAAUGAGUUCGAUGAUAAUGCGCCGCCCGAACAUCCCGAGCCAGACCCACCUAACGAUGACAAUGGCGUCCUGAUGGAGAUAGAUCUGGAGCUACGCAUGGGCAAUGAGGACGGGCCGCAGGGCUUGUUUGGCUUUAACGGCGGAAAUGCGCAGGGUGGACAAGGGCAGAACCAGGGUGGAAACGGCCAGCCAUUGGGCUUGGGUCGACGGGAUGAGCUGGUAGCCGACACAAGUAGUCUGGCGGAUAUCAUCCUCGGAGCACUUGCGUUUCCCGCCAUAUCUGCAUCGAUGGGCGGGCUGUUGAAGUACAUUUUGCCUACUUCAUGGACGACGCCAUCUACGUUGGGCAAAGCCCGACCGGGACUGUUGCAGACCCGCUGGGGCCGGAGUGUCGUCGGAGGAUGUGCAUUCGUGCUGUUGAAGGAUGCGCUGGUGUUAUAUUGUCGGUGGAAAUUGGCGCAGACACACCGACGCCGCAAGGUGUUGAACUACGAUCGAUCGAAGAAGCGGGUUGGGAAGACUGAUCGAUAGUGAGAGGAAUGAUGGAAGCAUUUCUGGCGUUUAGGCUGAUGGAUUGAGAUACACUCUUUGCUGGUUUUGAGCUCUUUGCAAUUGAUGACGAG